AUGCCUGCCAGGACGAGGACGCUGCUGCUGCUGCUGCUGCUGCUGCUGGGCGGAUGCGUGUCCCCCGACACAGGUGCCAGCAGUGAGCGGGCGAUGGGGUUCCAGCAGCGUGGCGAGGCCGACACGCCGGCCAUGUUGGACUCGGGAGCUCUGUGGGACGCGCGGCGCCCGGCGGCCCCGGCCACGCGGCGCCGGAGGAACGUCCUGUUUCCCAGCGGCGUGAAGAUGUGCAGCCAGGAGACGUACGAACAGGUCGUCUCCAACCACCUGAGAUACUUCCACCUGAGAGUGUGUCAGGAGACAGUGUGGGAAGCGUUCAAGAUCUUCUGGGACCGCCUCCCGGAGCGAGACGAGUACCAGGUGUGGGUGAGUCGCUGUCUGGACGAUUCGGUCAGCAUCAGCGACAUCGGCGAAUUCUUCAGCCGCUCCGACGAGCAUCGAGACCUCGUCCGCGCCAGGGUUGCCAUGACGACUGCAGACAACAGCUCUGAGACGACGACAUGGCCGUCUCUGACUGAGACAUCAGCAGAAGACAUUGAGGGACUUUUACCAGAGACAGAACUGGAAGGAACACCUGAACCAGAAGUAAUUGUGGGCCAUCCCACAGAGAUGGAGAUUCCUCCAGAGCCCACAGAAGGUGAUGGCACCACUGAGGUGGCUGGACCAGAAUCGGUUCCUGAAGCUGAGGAGAAGACUCUGGAACCUGCGACCCCUGAGGAGGUCAUCCCAGAGUCGGCUAAAGAGCGUUCCACCGAGGAACCCGCUGCCCCAACAACCGAAGUGGAAGAUGGGUCACAAGGAACCACGAGCUCUGUGGAGGCCACGACCAAGUACGUACUGGAGUACAACAACGGUAACUUCCCCGAUCUGACCGAGCCUCCGCUCGAUGAGGACUUACUGGGAAACAAUGGCUUUGGGCUGGAGGAUGAGCAGGAGACCUCAAUUGGUAAUGAGAUCGACACCCUGCUGCGGCCCCUGAGGCCUCUGAGGGACCACGUUGUGGAGCUGAGCAUCCGGCUGCGAGGAGAAACCUAUAACGACGCCUUGAGGGACCCGAGCAGCUUCGAGUACCAGCUGCUGGCCCGGCAGUUCACUCGCAGGAUUGAAGACGCGUUUGAGAGGCUGCCGGGCUUCAAGGGUGUCUCCAUCAUCGAGUUCAGGCCUCAGAAGGACCUGGAGAGGGGUCUGGUGGUCCUGGUCCACUACACCAUCACCCUGGAGGUGGACGGCGGCGGCGUCGCCAACGACACGCUGGACUUCAUCUCGCUGCAGAACAACCGUGUGGAGAAGAACUUCCCCGGCGCCGCCGAGCAGCCCACCGUCGUCUACACGAUCACCGACUUCCGCAACUACAUCACCGAGGCGCUGCACAAAGACAACUUCCUCACCAACAGCAGCCUGGAGGCGGGGCAGGGCGACCCGCUGCAGCUGGAGAACGCUGAGAACCUGCUGCCUUCAGUGAAUCCUACGAGUCGACCGGCCAGCGCCUACGACAGCAUGGAUAAUGUCCUCGCCGCUGAGAAGCCGCCUGACGCUCCGAGCCAUGAGCAAGACGGCACGGCCAGCGAGGUUUUCCCCAAGAAGGACGACUUCCUGUUUGACCCCUUCGACCAGUGGAAAGGCCCGCAGAGCGAGGGGGCCAGCGAGAACGACGUCUUCCUGUUCGAUGAGGCCACGGCUCCUCCGCUGCCCAUCGACCUCCCCGAGAAGACCUUUGACCUCGAAGCGAACAUCCCUGGAAGUAAAACAAACCUUGAAAAUGAAGAGCUUCUGGGUGCAGGGGACGACACCCUCCCAGGAAGACACACUGACGGUUCAAAACCUCUGACAACCUCUGAGGCGUCACUGGACGACGGAUCCGGUUCGGGUUUCUCUGGAGAUGACCAGGGAGCUGAUUUCUGGAGGUGGGAAGUCUCGGUCACAUCUGAUAGGACGUACAUUGACGGGGAAAGUGGCCUGGAGGUGCUCCCACCGCCGGACCUGGAGGAGGACGAGGAUGCCUUUGAGCCACACACCACGGAAAAAGACGAUUUAGUUGCACUUGGAGUUCAGUUCACUGAAACUCCUGAAGUCCAGACGACAGCAGCUUCCACUCCCGAAGACGCCGAGGAAUUCCUGGACCAUGUUUUAGUGACGGUACCAGUCAUGACCACCACCAAGCCACCUGUAUUCUCACCCAAAGGAACUGUUGAACUCUCAGUGCAAACGAUGGAGGCGUCCGGCAUCUACGACGACUUCUCCCUGACGGAGCCUCAAAGCACCGGGGCGCCGGUCACGGAUCCUCCCCUGUGGGAUGUUUGGACCAAAGAGGCUGCCGUUUUGCCUCUGCAGCCUGAGGUUCUCGCAGAGAAGCCUCGGCUGCCGCCGCCGCCGCCGGUCACGCCGCACCAGGAAUCCAUCGAGGUUUUGGAGGAGCAGCACAUCGGUGUCACCGAUUCCUCGCUGCCGACGGCGUCGGUAAUCCUUGACAGGGACCUGGUUGUGGAUGAAGUUAUGGUUGUCAUGACAACAACUGCAGCUCCAGUCACCACUUCAACUGCAAGUCUGGACCAUGGCGCCAUCGGCCUCUCUCCCGAGCGCGACUCGCCAUUCACUCGAGUGUCUGAUUCAGCGCCGGAGGACGAGGACCUGAUUCACCACGAGCACCAGAACCAUGAAGAGGUCACUGAGCUGCCAGGCAGCUCGCCGCCCCCAGCCGUCACUCCGUCGACACCGGAGGUGGUGGCUGUAAAAACAGAAAGUCCUCCAGGGGGGUUACCAGAUGCUCCACAGCCCGAUGAAGACCUGAGCGUCACUCUGACGAGUCCGUCAGGAGGAGAAGCAGCCAUUCACCACAAACCGACCUCUUCCCACGAGAAAGUCACAGACGGCGCUCCGGAGUCCGAGCUCGAGCCCAUGGAGUUCUCCGACGUGCCUAGCAUUGACGUUAGCUUUGACGUCUUCCAGUAUGGAGGUGGCAUGAGUGAAGGUGACUCCAGUGGCUUCUCGAGUGGCGCUCAGGGCUCAGACCUGGACGCCUUCGCCUUACCAGCCCAUCCUGGCAGAGACCUGACCGUCUUCUUCAGGCUGAGAGUGACCAACAUGGUGUUCUCCAUGGACCUCUUCAACAAGAGUUCGCCAGAGUACAAGGCCUUGGAACAGCGCUUCCUCCAGCUGCUGGUCCCGUACCUGCAGUCCAACCUGAACAACUUCCAGAACCUGGAGAUCCUCAACUUCAGGAACGGCAGCAUCGUUGUGAACAGUCGUAUGAGGUUCGGCAAGCCGGUCUCCAAAGGCGUCACCAAUGUCAUCUACCUGAUCCUGGAGGACUUUGCCAACACCGCAUACCAAACCAUGAACCUGGCCAUAGACAAGUACUCGCUGGACGUAGAAUCAGGUGACCGGGCCGAUCCCUGUAAGUUCCAGGCCUGUAACGACUUCUCCAGGUGCAUGGUCAACGCCUGGUCCGGCGAGGCCGAGUGUGUGUGCGACGCCGGCUACGUGAGCGUGGACGGGCUGCCGUGCCAGAGCGUCUGCGACGCGCAGCACGACUUCUGCCUCAACGACGGCAAAUGUGACAUAAUCCCCGGCAAGGGCGCCAUCUGCAGGUGUCGCGUCGGGGAGAACUGGUGGUACCGAGGCGAGCACUGCGAGGAGUACGUGUCCGAGCCGCUGGUGGUCGGCAUCGCCGUGGCCUCGGUGGCUGGCUUCCUCUCGGUGGCGGCAGGAAUCAUCUUCUUCCUGGCCAGAACGCUGCGAGACCAGUACGAUGGCGAGGACACGGAGGACCCGCUCCGGCGUACCGACAGCGUGCCAACGCUGGAGCGCGCCACCAAGUUCAACCCCAUGUUCGAGAGCGACCCCGUCACCGCCCAGUACUACCGUCGCUACGACGACGACGCCCCGCAGUACUACCGCCGCUUCGGGGACCCCGCCCCGCCGCAGUACGGCGGCUCGGACGGCGGCGACGCCUCGAAAGAGCUGAGCAGCGAGGAAAUCAGGAACAUUUACGGGAACACGACGCUCACCAAGGAGGAGAUCCAGGAGCGGCUGAGGAUCAUCGAGCUGUGUGCCAGAGACCAACACUUCGCAGACUUUGUGCGACAAACUCAAGUGUUCCUGGAGAGGAGAGGAAGCUCCACCACGUAACCGGGAAAGCUGGCGACCGCCCGCCUCCAGAGACGUUGCUGGCCACAGGCUGAAGGGAAGACGAGGAUCCGUGUCUUCGGCGGAGGUCACCGUGUUUUUUUGGACUGUGGCCAGUGGGCGGUGGCCCGGCCUGUGACUCCGCCCCUUUCUUGUGCUGUACGUUCCGUUUGGACAAACUUCGCGUCGCUUCACCGCCGUCGGCGGCUCCCUGCGCUCCUCCUCGUCAGUGCCUUCGCCGAUCCGUCAGCUCUCCGGGGAGACGAGGCGCAGACGCCUCGGCGGCCGCUUCUCCAUGUUUACAUUUCUCUGGUCUUCGUCUCAGCGGAGAUCCGCUACGUUCAGGAA